GCCCCUUACAGGGCGCAGCGGAGGCGCUAGCGGAUUGGCCUGCUCGGGAGGGAGUGGCAGACACGUAAGGGGCGCAUACCUCGUGUCCAAAGCGGGCCAAACGGUGACCCAGCCUGGAGCCAGUGACAGUCCAGUGGGGAAAGUGCGCUGAAGGGACCUAGUGGCUGGACUCGAACCUGAUACCGCCGGGAAAUGGCAGCAUCCAGGGCUAGCCUGGGCCGGAUCCUCCCAGAGUCCUCCGUCCUGUUCCUGUGUGACAUGCAGGAGAAGUUUCGUCCUAGUAUAGCCUACUUCCCACAGAUCGUGUCAGUGGCUGCCCGGAUGCUUAAGGUGGCCCAGCUGCUAAAUGUCCCUGUCUUGCUGACAGAGCAGUACCCAGAAGGCUUGGGCCCCACAGUUCCUGAGCUGGGCGCUCAGGGCAUUCGGCCAGUGAGUAAGACAUGCUUCAGCAUGGUGCCCACCUUACAGAAGGAGCUGGAUAGCCGGUCCCAGCUGCGGUCUGUGCUGCUCUGUGGCAUCGAGACCCAAGCCUGCAUCUUGAACACGGCUCUGGACCUCCUUGACCGGGGACUGCAGGUCCAUGUAGUGGUGGAUGCCUGCUCUUCUCGAAGCCAGGUCGACCGGCUGGUGGCUCUGGCCCGUAUGAGACAGAGUGGAGCUUUCCUCUCCACCAGUGAAUCGCUCAUUCUGCAGCUUGUGAGGGAUGCUGCCCACCCCCAGUUCAAGGAGAUUCAGAAGAUCAUUAAAGAACCAGUCCCAGACAGCGGGCUACUGGGCCUGUUCCAAGGCCAGAAUCCCCUCUUGCAGAACUCCAGGCCCUGACUGAGAUGAGAGAGUUACUCCAUCAUAGGUGGAAGCAUCUGCCCUGUGGUAGGGGAGGGGUGUUAUGCUUCCUGGUUGAACAUCUGGUCCUGGAAAAGCAAACAAGACUCCUGGGUGCUGGAAGGGGUGGGAGACAGGGGGUUGACAGAAGAGAGGCGGUGGUGGGGGGAACAGGGGGUUGACAGAAGAAGGGGGGUGGAAUCUGCUUAGGUCACCUCAUGAGAAAAGAGCAAAGAAGUAUCACAGACUGGGACCAUACUCUGAAUAAACAUUGAUGUGACUGUG